AGAGGAUGCUGAGGAAGCAAUAGAAAAACCAGUUAGCUCAAAGAAUGCAAAAAAGAGAGUUGAGGAGGUGUUCUGAAGAAGGGGGACAAUAAGAAGUCAAAGAAAGUCUCACAAAAGCCUCUGCGAAAGAAGAAAGCCUGAAAGCAGCAGUUCUGAGGAUCAGACUUUCUUCAGAAUCUGAAGAAGAGGUUAAAGUUCCACUUAAGAAGACCAUUAAACCUGUCAAAGCGCCUGCAAAGGAAUCUAGCAGCAGCAGCAGUGAAGAUCAUCUUCUGAUGAUGAACCUGUAAAAAAAGCUGCCGCUCCUGCUAAAAAGAUCGCACCUACUGUUACUAAGAACGGUUUAGAUGGUGUGUUAGCUAAGAAAGGAAAGCCAGAGAGCAGUUCUGAAAGUGAUUCUGAUGAUGAAGAUGAACCUACUAAGGUGAUUGCCCCAUCAAAGAAGUUGCCAGCAACUGGAGCUAAGAAUGGCGCACCUGCAAGAUCUAAAGAGGAAGAAUCAAGUGACAGUUCAGAUUCAGAUAGCAGUUCAGAUGAGGAUGCUGGAGUCACAGCCAAAGCUGGUGCACCUGCAAACAACCACUUGCAUCAUCAAGAAUGGAACUCUUGGUGCCUUAAAUACUGAAGAAACAUCCAGUGAGACAUCAGAGAGUGAAUCUGAUGGUGAAGAGGAAACACCGGCAAAGGUUCCUGCCAAAAAGCAGGCUGUCACUGUGAAGAAAGAUGUUCAGCCAAAAUCACAGCAUAAAACCAAAGUAGAUCAAAGAUCUGAAGAGAGUUCCGAUGAGAGUUCUGAUGAGAGCGGUGAAGAACCACAAAAAAAGAAGCUGAAGGUUCCGGGUACCGUUCCUGGAAAUGUCAACAAGCCAACUGCAAAGCCUGUUAAAAAAGAAAGUAGCAGUGAUGAAGAUGAGGAUGACAGCUCUGAAGAAAUUUCAGAUGAGGAGCCUUCAAAACCAGAACAAAAUAAAAAGGCAAUGAAAGCAUCUGCAGAGAGCAGCAGUUCUGAAGAGGAGGAUUCUUCUGAUGAGGAGAGUGAAGAUGAACAGCCGAUGAAGACUCUGCAGAAGAAGCCAACCAAAGCAUCUGCAGAUAGCAGUAGUUCUGAGGAGGAGGAUUCUUCCGAUGAGGAGAGUGAAGAUGAACAGCCGAUGAAGACUCCACAGAAGAAGGACUCGGAUGUGAAGAUGAAAGAGUACCAUCAGCAAAUGCAACAGAAAACUGACGGCUACAAAACUGACAAGAAGGCGCCUAAAACUCCUAGCAGUCAGAUAUCUGGAUCAAAAACAAUAUUUGUUGGAAACCUGUCCUAUGAUGCUGGACAAGAUGAUGUGGCUGAAUUCUUCAAAGAGGCAGGGGAGAUUGCUGAAGUUCGUUUGGCUGUCGCUGAUGAUGGACGCUUCAGAGUUGGUCAUGUUGAAUUCACCACUGAAGAUGGAGCUCAGAAAGCACUUGAAAUGAAUGGCAUGGAACUAUUGGGACGUGCAGUAAGACUUGAUGUGGCCAAUGGAAGGGGCGCAUAUACCCCUUACAGCGGGAAGGAUGGUAAUUCUUACGAAAAAGCUGGGAAAGUCCAAGCAUACUAUAUCGUAAAGGGUUUUGAUAAAUCCCCUGAAGAGGAUCAGAUCCGGAGCUCCCUUCAAGAGCAUUUUGGGUCUUGUGGAGAGAUUACUCGUGUUUCCUUACCAAAGGACUACGAAACUGGUGCUUUCAAGGGGAUGGCAUACAUGGAUUUUGGGGAGCAAGAUGCCUUUUCGAAGGCUCUGGAACUCGAUGGGUCUGAACUUGGGGGCUACUCAUUAACAGUGGAUGAAGCUAAGCCAAGAGGUGACAGCCGUGAUGGUAGCUGGAGUGGUGGCAGGGAUAGCUCAGGAAGGGGUGGUGGCAGAUUUGGAGGCCAGCGUGGUGGACGUGGUGGUAGAGGUGGCGGUGGCAGGGACGGUUUGGAGGUGGCGGUGGCAGGGGACGGUUUGGAGGUGGCGGUGGCAGGGGACGAGGAGGAACCCCUAACAAGCAAAGUUUUGCUGCAGCCAGUACAGGGAAGAAGACGACCUUCAGUGAUGACUAGAGGGAGCACUUCUUCGUGAAUUUUCCGCUAGUGCAGAUCCCAGUUUCAUCCCCUACCUAGUGAAAUAUAGCUUUAGCGGAGUAUCGUUAUUCUGUCUUUAAGAUUUGUCUGUUGAAUUGGUUUUGUAACUCACCGGCAACUUUUGACAUUGGUGGUUGUCUACUUUUUGUGAUUUUGAAACUUGGAAUUCAACUGUGGGAAGUAGUUAAUAUUUUGGAUUCAGUUUUGUGGCUUUCC